AUGUCGGCUGCGCCCGCAUUCAAGUCAUUUCGCCUCUCGCUCGUCCAGCUGGGUCAGAUCGGCCCAGACAAAGCAAAGAAUCUCAGCCAUGCUAGGGACAUGCUCCUGAAGGCAGCCAAUGCGAAGGAAAAACCAGACCUCAUCGUGUUGCCUGAAUGCUUCAACUCGCCGUAUGGGCAUGUGCACUUCCCCGUGUACGCUGAGGCUAUCGACUAUUCACCUAAGGCUGCGUAUGAUGCGGCCUCCUCUCCCUCCGAGUCGGUUCGCAUGUUAUCUCAGGCAGCGAAAGAAACAGGCGCUUGGAUCGUAGGGGGAUCUAUUCCCGAAAAUUUUGAGGGAAAGUUCUUCAACACCUGCACGGUGUAUUCCCCCGAGGGCGAACUCGUUGCACUACACCGGAAGGUCCAUUUGUUCGACAUCGACAUCCCCGGCAAGAUCACCUUCAAGGAGAGUGAAACUUUAAGCCCCGGCACAUCGACGAACUAUUUUGACACCGAUUUCGCUCGGAUCGGUCUCGGCAUUUGUUACGAUGUGCGCUUUCCAGAACUCGCAAUGAUUGCCGCGAGGCAGGGAUGUCAAGUAAUCAUUUACCCUGGCGCGUUCAAUUUGACCACGGGGCCUCUCCACUGGGAAUUACUGCAGCGCGCACGCGCGGUCGACAAUCAGAUUUUCGUGUCCAUGUGCAGCCCAGCUAGGGACCUGACGGCUGGGUACCACGCUUGGGGUCAUUCGAUGGUGGUCGAUCCGAUGGGGAAGGUGCUGGCGGAGGCAGACCACGAAGAGGCCAUCAUAACCGCACAAAUUGAUCCGCAAGUAUUGCAUGAAACACGCAAGGGUAUCCCCGUCACGACGCAACGCCGGUUCGAUGUGUACCCAGAUAUCAGUGCCGGACAGCCGGCGGCCUAAAGCAUCGAGAUUCAAAGGGUGUAUUAUGGUCGUCAACCCUCGAGGAGAACGGGCCGGAUGCUUCCAUCGCUUGUGUAUUCUACAUGAGGUUGUCACGUCGCUGACGUGGUCAAAGGGCAAUCGAAACAGACCGGGACAGAGUUCAUGCCCCGUCCAGAGAUGGAUGCUUAGUGCUGUAAGCACGCC